GAAAAUCACGUCAUCUGCACGAAAAGAUGCUCCAUCCUCUCUCUUCGAUUCAACUCAAAGACCUGGCACAAACCGAAAGACGAAAAAGAUAGGAACACCCAAUGGAAAUAGUCAUUGUCGAUACAACACUGCCUCACAAGGAUCGAUAGCAACAAUGAAACGACCRAACAGAUAUUGGAUAGCACUGCUUGUGCUGCUAGCCCUUCUACAUGGGACUUUGCCUUUUCUCRUACSGCAGUCACUUAGUCCUGAUGGAUUGGCGAUACAGAGGCUAUCAACAACGUCGUCACUGCACUUCCGGUACAAAAAASCCCAGCUUCUUAAAAAGUCCACAUCAAUCGUUGAGACACCAUUAGGUGUCAGUUCAGGAACAACUGAUAUGGACAAUGAAGACGAYGACGAUUCAUUCCUUGAGUUGACUCCACGAUGCCGCAUUGUCACACGAUCCGGAAGCUGUAUACCGACCGACCCUUCCAUAUUACCGCAGAAUGUUUCUCAAAGUCCUUAUUUGCUUGACAAAUUAGAUACUUACUACCAUGCCAAAGCUAGAAAAGUGGAACAAGAUCUCUCUCCACUUCAAGCACACGAACGUGAACUGAUUGAAGGGAAAAAGUCUACUAAGCAGGUUCGAGGUAGGAUCAUAGUCGAGGAAGAAACUCAAACCGACGACGGUGACGAACGAAAACCUCCUGCACUACGACAAUCUUUGGAAGACUCUGGUUUUGAGCUGCUUUCACAGCGCGAUAUUGACCUCUGCGAAUGCCUGAAUGCUGGGUACUUGCUCAGAUUGUCCCUGCUGCCUGAUGUAAGAGAAUUGGAUCCGAUAAUAUCCAAAGAAUUCUAUCCCGAAAAUUUCCACAGCAAUGGUACUCUAAAGGCAGGCAUUGAUGAYAUGCUUUUUGAUGGUCGCGUCCUGGUAUAUUGGAGAGGAUAUUCACAAGAGGUAACCAAAGGGCGGUUACUCCUCCCCAAACUCAAUUACCUGCAGGCAAACUUGGUUAAACGAGCUGCAGCCUGGGUAAUGAACACGCUUGAUCGGUUCGAAUCCAGUAUUUUUCGAACUGUCCGCACUAAAAGUCGCCAGCUGCGACGAACGUUUCAAACAAGACUGAUGAAGAUUAGCAGCAAACUACAGAUUCCWCAAUUUAAACAAUGGAUAGAAAGCAUGGUCUCGGAUGAGACAAUGCAAGACAGUCAAGUAUCGAUGGCCACUGAUAUGGAUUUCAGUGGACAAGAGAGUAGGUCUAACACAGGAAAGAGAGUCAUGAGCCGGUACGGCGGUUCAAAAACCAUGUCUGUAGAACCUCCUGAUCCAUUGGAUGCUCUGGGCCCUUUCAUAUUGUGUGAGAUCGACUAUAACGGCCAAGAAGGGAACGCAAUGAAUUCAUCAAUGGGCCUCAACGGCACCAUGUACAAUAGCACAAUGGCAUCAUCAAUGAGCAURAAUAAUACUGUGUAUGGUGGUCCGAUAAAUUCGACAAUGAGUCUUAACGGGACCAUGUCAAACUUGGAUGCGUACGAUAGUAAUGCCGUCACAUGUGCAUACGAUGGAAAGGCAUCGGCGCAAAAAGACGGGAAGCUGCCGCGGAUGCAAUUGCUGGAACGCGUCAGCAUUGGUAGUCUCAUUGAUGUCUUCAACAAAGUAGGGAGACGGGGUCUUUUGAACACAAUUUUUGCCAGAUCAGAACUAGUUGAACCAACUUACGAAGAAGUUGUUGUUGUUUGGAGACCUACCAUGAAGUCGAAAAAGAAAAUUGCUCCUCCAAAGGUUGUGAGCGAAUUUGCUGAUAUGUUUGAUAUCGAAGGAUUCGAACAACCGGAGGAAGACAAAUCCGGGCCUCAAUCGGGUGAUCUUGAAGUUCGUUUGUUUGAGCAAGUCCCCAUGUCGAAUCUUCAAGCAGUUUUGCCGAAGUCGAAAUUGGUCUUUAGGCCGGCCGAUGCAUUUUUAUUCGAUACCAUAAGUUUGGCUACCCUUGCCAUUGUUUUGAGUUCAAUUAGGUUCGAAAAUGCCCGACUYGAUUUGCUAGCGUUGGUGUCCGUUACACUGUGGUUGCUUCGAACGGUCUUUCGGUACUCCAAUAAACUGGCACGAUAUGAUCUGCUAGUGAAGACGUUUCUUACUUCUAAGAUAUCUCAACGCAACAGCGGGGCAGUCGAUUACCUCACGUACGAGGCAGCAUCCCAAAGAGCGAUUCGUGCAGCCUUGGUUCACCAAUGGGUACUUCAGCAAUACCAGACAAAAAGAUCGAAACUCACGAUAUCAUUUUUGGAACAGAAUUGCGAAACCCAAGUCAACCGACUCCUUAGAGACGACAAAGAGGUGCAGAUUGACGUGAAGCGAGCACUGCAAGAUCUACAAGAUCUAAAUAUAUUAUCUUUUUCGAAAACCGAUGACCGUGUCCUAUSGGUAAAGAAUUUGGAUUCGAGUACCGACGCAGUCAAAGAACUGUGGGUGGAUUUGCUUGAAAACGAUAAGAAAUYCGGCAAUCCGAUCAAAAGCAACAUGAGUGGAUCGGAUUUAAGGAAGAGAGCCGUUGUCACUGAGCCCGACUUGGACAUACUGGAUAUGUUGGAGGAAAUUGAUGCCGCUGCUGCAAACGUKAAAAAAUUAAGCACGGACGACUGGAGAGAACGGCGAAAAAUAUUGGCGAGCGCCAUCGAAGAAAAGAAGGACGAAAGSAUUGCGAAAGCGAUCGCUGCUCUCGACGAAAAGAAAGARGAAAAUCUUGCAAAAGCAAAGGCUAUUCUCGAAGAAAAGAAAGAAGCAAGUAUUGCGAAAGCGAAGGCMACUCUCGACGAGAAGAAGGUGGAAAGCAUGAAAAAAGCCAAGGCGGCAAAGGACGCCGGCAUUGCGAGGGCCAGGGAAUUCUUGGUAGAUAAGAAACGCAAAAACCAAACGCGUGUCAAGGAACAAGAAUGAUGGCAWGGGGGGAAUGAUUAUUCCGACACUUAGGGYGUGUCGCUAUUACGCUCUUUAAGACGUGUAUUCCGAUGUAUGUGCCAAUAGAAUUGUAGUCUGUUUUAAUUUUACUGUAAAAUAAUAGCUAAUAUUAUCU